AUGCCCAUGACGGAGAACAUUGGAGUCCGCGUGGACCUGUUCAAGCGGACGGUAAUGCCGGCACCGCCCACUACCGUCGACGACGACGGCUCGUACAUGUACGAGAAGAUCGCCUUCUGCUACAUCUACCCGCUGGACGUGACGGAGAGCAGCGAUGGCCUCUGCCGCAUGCCCAUCACCUCGCGCACCGGCAAGCUGGUGGCCCGCAUCAAAGCCCAGUACUUCAUCGCCCGCCCGUACGCCGGCAGCGAGCCGCAGCAGAUGAUCAAGACGCGCCUCGCCCGGGGCAACUCCAAGGCCUGGCAGCUGAAGAACGGUGGCCUGGACAUUGGUCACCGAGGGGCGGGCUCGGCGCGACGGACCGACCGCAGCGAGAAGGUGCUGGAGAAUACGGUCGAUUCCUUCAACUACGCCUUCAAGAAGGGCGCCGACAUGGUGGAGCUGGACGUGCAGAUUAGCAAGGACAAGGUGCCCGUGGUGUACCACGACUUUAAUGUGAACAUUGUUCUGCAGAAGAAGGACCGCAACAUCGAGACCUACCCGGUGAACAUCAAGGACCUCACCUUCGACCAGCUGCAGAUGCUGCGCACCAAUCCGGUCCGCCACGACGGCGACAGCAAGCCCGCCUACGAAUUUGACGAGGACGAGGGCCAGCAGCCGCACAACCAACCGUUUGCCAGCUUCAAGUCGGUGCUCAAUCACGUGGAGCCGCAGUGCGGCUUCAACGUCGAGAUCAAGUACCCGCAGAAGAAGAUUAACGGGCAGUGGGAGGCGGAAAAGUCGCUCGACCUGAACGAGUACGUCGACCUGGUGCUGCAGGACCUGUGCAACCACGCCGGCGACCGCAACAUCAUCAUCUCCUCCUUUCACCCGGAGCUCUGCUCGCUUGUGAAGCUCAAGCAGGACCGCUACCCGGUCCUCUUCCUCACCCAGGGCCUGACGAAGAAGUGGAUGCAGUACGAGAACCCGCUGAAUCACUCCAUCGAGAUGGCCACCUACCUGGCGCUCAGCACCGGCCUCUACGGCAUCGCCGCCCACACCGAGGACAUUCUCCGCGACCGCAAUCUGAUUCGCUUCGUCAAGUCGAAGGGCCUCAUUCUCUUCGUCUGGGGGGAUGACCUCAACGACCGGGAGGUCAUCGCCGGCCUGAAGAAGGAGGGCGUCGAUGGCGCCAUUUACGACAAAAUUGAUUUGUACGUCAGCAAGGAGGAUCGUCUGCCGCAGGAGGGACAGCAUCAUGAGCAGCAUCAUGAGCAGCAGCAGUCGGUGGCCAUGGACGUUCAGUAG